AUUUUCGGGAGAUUGGGUGUGUUUUCGGGUCCAUCAAAAUAAUGUUUGAAACAUUGCACUUCUAGCAUCAGACUGCACCUCGUCUCCGCCCCGGACGUCAGAUCAAAAAAUAAAAAGAAAAAAAUUUCGGGUCGCUGUUCCGAGCGCCAGCUGUCCGGGUGGAGGCGCAGGGCGCGAUGAUGACAUGAAAGGGAGAAGAGCUCCAAGUCCGAAACCUCAAUUCCGCAUUAAUCCGUAGGUCCCGAAAACCUCUCGAUUCGCAUGGCUUCCGGUCGCCUUCUUCUCGUCUUCUUCCUUAUCUCCUCCUCUUGCUUCGCUUCCUCCCCUGUUUCGGCUCGGAAGGUGCCGCUGGCUCUGUACUACGAGACCCUGUGCCCUUACUGUUCCAAUUUCAUCGUCAACUACCUCGCCAAGAUCUUCGAGAACGGGCUGAUCGACAUCAUCGAACUCGAUCUCAUCCCCUAUGGUAACGCCAGGAUUGGAUCCAAUGAUACCAUCUCUUGCCAGCAUGGUCCUAAUGAGUGUGUGCUGAACACUGUAGAAGCCUGUGCCAUCACUGCCUGGCCGGAUGUGAGUGAGCAUUUCAGUUUCAUCUAUUGUGUUGAGAGUUUGGUCAUGGAGCAUAAGUACCUUGAGUGGGAAUCCUGCUUCUCAAAAACUGGGUUAGACUCAAAUGCUGUUUUGGAUUGCUAUAAAAGUGGAUAUGGGAAAAAGCUUGAAUUACAUUAUGCAGCACAAACGGAUUCCCUUCAACCCCCUCACACAUAUGUGCCUUGGGUGGUAGUGGAUGGACAACCACUUUAUGAUGAUUAUCGGAACUUUGAAGCUUACAUCUGCAAAGCUUAUGAUGGUAAGCUGCCAAAGUCUUGUGCAGGACUCUCUCUCAAGCUCAGCUCAGAGAGGAAAACAGACAAUCAAGCGUGCUAUGCUGAUGAGAGGACCGAUCCUUCCAUAACCACAGAGAAUGAUGAAAUGAAGAUAGAAAUGAUAAUUAAGACUUCCACUGUAACUUUCUACAAAUCGUAAUCAUCUAUCUUGUGAAAGAAGUUCUUAAGCUUAUAGUAAUUGGCCUACCAUGCUCUGUCCUUCCAUGGCAGUCUUGUCAAUAGGAUCUUAUUUGCUGUUUCUUUAUAUAUGAAAGAUAUAUGACUGUGUAAAUACAAACAAAGAGGUUCUUGGGGAAAUAAUAACUUGCAUACCCCAAAAAGCAUCGACUGCCUCAUGUUGAAUCAGAUCUCAACCCCUGUUUGUAACUUUUAAGGAAUCAAUGGAGGUGCCAUGUCAGUGCUUUGCAUAA